CAUACUCUAGAAUCUUCUCUUCAACUCAACCAGCGUAGUUAACAAUACAAAUCUCUCUCUCUCUCUCUCUCUCUCUCUCUCUCUCUCUCUACCGUAUCUUAUACAUAUGCUUUGACGCAUCAGCUUCUCCUAUCAUCACAUGAAAAACAAAAUCACUGUAUAGAGUAGUAAUAUAAACUAAGUUUUGUACAGUUACAUCUACUAGAACGAAUCUUGAUCUUUGAAAUUGAACUUCUUAAAGCAAGAUCGGAGAUCACCGGAUUCAGAUUCAGAUUCAGAUAACAUGGGCGGAGUUGGAGCAGCAGCACCGAACACGGAGGUUCAAUACACCACGGCGAAGAUUUCCGUAUGGUGGGAUAUAGAAAACUGUCACGUUCCCAAGGGUUUCGAUCCUCACCAAAUAGCACAGAAUAUCAGUUCAGCGCUUGUUCGGAUGAACUUCUGCGGCCCCGUUUCGAUCUCUUCCUACGGCGAUACAACUAGGAUUCCCGCGUCUGUUCAGCAUGCUCUCUCCAGCACCGGAAUUUCCCUCAAUCAUGUUCCUGCUGGUGUGAAAGAUGCAAGUGAUAAGAAGAUCCUUGUCGACAUGCUGUUUUGGGCAGUGGACAACCCUGCACCUGCAAACUAUUUAUUGAUUUCAGGUGAUCGAGAUUUCUCUAAUGCCCUCCAUCAAUUGCGAAUGAGGAGGUAUAAUAUUCUUCUUGCACAACCUCAAAAAGCAUCUGCUCCCCUAGUCGCAGCUGCUAAGAACGUAUGGCUUUGGACUAGUCUCUUAUCCGGAGGACCUCCGUUAUCUAAUGGAGAAUCACAACAGCUUGGUAAUGGUAGUCUCCUAUCAUCUUCUGAAACUUUACAAGUUCCUGUAUCAAAUGCCACUCAGACACAACAACAAGGGGGUCCCUACUCUGAAGUUCAUCCUGGAAAUUCAAAAUAUCAAAAUGGAGGAAGGGGGUUUGAUUCUAGAUAUCAGGGGAGGCCGAAUUGGAGAAACCCGAAUCAACCUAAUGGGUCCAAAGCCAUGAGUCCACCUCCAGUUGGACCUCAAGAUAACCGUAAUAACGUAAACAAUUAUCGACCUGGCAACUAUAAUCCAAAUGCUCCUCAUAGCGGCCCUGCCAUGAAUUUUGUCCGCGCCAAUUCUGAUCAGUUAUGGAGCAAUAAUGGCCAUCAACAUCCUUAUUCCCAACCAUUAAGACCGAACGACUUCCCAUUGCAGCCUCCUUUUGCACCUAGUAAUUCAUUUUCUCCAAAUUCCCAUACUUUUGCAACUACACCGGUGCCACCUAGGACUAGUGGCCCCAAUUUCGGUACAGGAUCAAAUACACCUGUGCCAAACAUUGGUAAUCUGAACAUUUCUGGUCAUCCUAAUAAUGCUCAUAACCCCCGUACUGUUCCGCAACGGAGUGGAGAGUUGAAACCUAAUCCUAAGGGUACUCCACUUCUGGUAAGAUCAACGAAUGAACAAAAUGGACAUAUGGUGCAUAGCAGUAGCACGCAAGGCUAUCCACAUGGUCCACCAGAAUAUCAACCUACAUCGUCGGCAGCAAUGGGUAAUAAUAAUAAACUUCCUGCUAAUGGUAAGUGGGGAUCUUCAGGAAUUUCUAAACCUUCUGAAUAUGUACAAGGCCUUAUAGGGGUUGUAUUACUUGCCCUUAACUCACUAAAAAAUGCAAAGAUGAUGCCGACUGAGAAAAAUAUUACUGAUAGCAUCCGUUAUGGAGAUUCCAAGCAUCGCAACACUGAUGUUAAGAAGGCUCUGGAGAGUGCAAUGGAGCAGCAGAUGGUGGUGAAACAGAAUUUAGGUGCUCUGACGUUGUAUGUAGGUAAGAAUGAUAAACUUUGGAAAUGUGUAAAUCCUUUAGGUGGAAAUCCUAAACAGCACUCAAAAGAAAUUUGGGAUGAAAUUCAAAAUUUUUUAACAACCCCUGCUGGAAGAUCAGCAAUAAUGGGUACACAGUGCAAGUAUGAAGCAGGUAUGGUGAUAAAGAACAUGUGCUUUAAAGAUCUUGCUUUGGGCGAUGUCCUUCAGAUAUUGAAUAUGUUGAUUCUCCAUAAAAAAUGGAUAGUUCAUCAGCAGUCUGGCUGGCAACCACUCAUCCUUACUCUUCCUGAGUCAAAUCUCGAUUCAGGGGUCACCGCUGGUGCAUAGCAGCACCCCGAUUAUGGUAAUGGAAACUUGAAAGGCACCAGAGAAGACUCAUAAAAGUAAUUGAAUAUAUCCCGAGCCAGUUGGACCAGUAAUUACUCGAAUAAUUCUCGUUUUUCUCGUAUGAGUCAAACCAUAGGUAGUGUAAUGUUGAACUUUAGUAUUCAAGUAUAAUUAGUAUUUUUUUUGUUAAUCAACACCUUCAGUUCGUCUUGGGAGAGAAGUAAAAAACAGAAAUAUUAAAGCAGCAUUUUGAUGAUACCCGAAAAAUACCAAAUACUACAGUUUGGGAUGGUUGUUGACGUUACUACUAUGUCCUGCAAUAUAUCACAGUGGAUCUAUCUUGGAAUUACUUUUCGCAUGUCUAAGGCUUCUGCUCAACUUCAGUCUUCCUACAAAGUUACUUGGUUCCUUUUAGUGAUAUAUUUGAUAAAUGUCCGAGAUAUUAGUUAGAUUCAUUUUUCCUGAAGUGAUAUGGACCUUCAAUCUAGUUCCGUAACCAACACUGGUGCUGUUUGUUUAUCAUUUAAGAAAUGAUCUUCCAAGUCAGAUUCUCCAGGGUGGUUUGUGAAUUGGAAAUCCAGAAUCUUUUCCAUAUGAGGCUAUGUCUUCAAAGUUUCAAAGUUGUUGUAAGGUUAAUUGCUCAAAAGAGAUUGCUUAACAAAAUUGGAACUGCACUCAAACUCCUACAUGAAGCUCUUAAGUUGUUAUCUGAACACAAAUACAAGGUAUGUUUAUUAUGAUGGAAUUUGGUUAUGAGAAAUCACAUUUAUACAGUUUUCAACAUGAUUCAAAGCCGGUGAAAUAGUGCAUCCCAUUGCAUAUCUUGUUGCCGAUGGUGCACAUAUGAUGUUGAAUUAUUUGUUUGGAAUUGGCUUUUGGAUGUCUGACUCAAUAUGCUGAAUUUGCUGAUUCAGACGCGAAUUGAUCUCUGGUCUUUCUGCUUUCUAUUGCCUUUUAAUGUUGGUAACUGCAAGUAUAACCCGCAUUUAAAUUUGCAUUGUACUUGUAUUAGUUGUUUAAUACUCUUAGUCUUGAUGUUUGGAAUAUCGUUAUAAAUGUAUUCGGAACUAAAACAUCGAUCAAUUUGUUUGAUCUGAUUUGUAGUCAAAACGUUGUUAUUACAAGUUUUCUCUAGUAAUGGUUUUUACCAUUUCAUUACAA